AAUAUUUGAGAUAGGUCCCAUCGUCGUCGUUUAGCCCAAACCAAUAAGGGAUAAAGAGAGUCAGAGAGAGAGAGAGCUCAGACGUUCUUUAAUGGCGGAUGCUAUGGACUCAGCGUUUACCAAGUACGGAAUCGUAGGGAUUGGUAUGAUGGGAAGAGAACAUCUCAUCAAUCUUCACCAUCUCCGAGACCAAGGCCUCGCUGUCGUUUGCAUCGCCGAUCCUCACCCUCCUUCACAGCUUCUGGCCAUUGAACUCGCUCAAUCUUUUGGAUGGGAGCUUAAGGUUUUCUCAGGACACGAAGAGUUGCUAAAGAGUGAGCUGUGUGACGUGAUUGUUGUGUCUUCUCCAAAUAUGACUCAUCAUCAGAUUCUUAUGGACAUUAUCAAUUAUCCGAAACCACAUCAUGUUCUUGUUGAGAAGCCUUUAUGCACCACAAUUGCAGAUUGCAAACAGGUCCUGGAGGCUGCAAAGAAAAGGUCAGACAUGGUGGUGCAAGUUGGAUUGGAGUACAGAUACAUGCCGCCGGUAGCUAAGUUAAUAGAAAAAGUAAAAGGCAGAGAUUUUGGUAAUGUCAAGAUGGUAGCAAUCCGAGAACAUAGAUUCCCUUUCUUGGUUAAGGUGAACAACUGGAAUAGAUUCAAUGUGAACACUGGAGGGACUCUAGUAGAGAAAUGCUGCCACUUCUUUGAUCUAAUGAGGCUCUUUGCCGGUGCAAAUCCUGUAUGUGUGAUGGCUUCUGGAGGCAUGGAUGUGAACCACAAGGAUGAAAUUUAUGAUGGAAAGGUGCCUGAUAUAAUUGAUAACGCAUAUGUUAUAAUUGAGUUUGACAAUGGAUGUCGUGGGAUGCUCGACCUUUGCAUGUUUGCUGAGGGAAGCAAAAACGAGCAAGAAAUUUCUGUUACUGGUGACAUUGGAAAGGGGGAGGCACUUGUUCCAGAGGGUAUAGUUCGAUCUGGCAGUCGUGUUGGAGGAAGAGAACACGUUCAAACAAUAAAAGCUGAAGAUGAAAGAAUAAAAUAUGAAGGGUUACAUCACGGGUCAAGUUACGUGGAACACCUCACCUUCUUAUCAGCAAUCAGAGGUGAAGGAAGAGCAGCUAUUGAUUUGGAAGACGGAUUGAUGGCUGUUGCCAUGGGAGUUGCUGCACAGCUCUCCAUUCAAGAGCGCCGCUAUGUAACCAUUGACGAGGUCUUGUGAUCUGUGACUGGCAGAUAGGUAAAGAAACUAAAAUAGAACCUUUGUUAAUCUGGUAUUAUUGCUGUUCAUAUGUUUGCCAUACAACACUGUUUAUUGUAAGAAGGAGAGUGAUCAUCAACUGUUAUAAGAUAAGCCAAGAAAUCUUUUCUUUGUUA